AUGACGCGGCUCGUGUUGUUGCUAUUGACGGCUUUUAUCGCAGUCGAGAUUGGUUUUAUCGUUGCCAAGCCGUGUUCUCCGAGGGAGUUAGGCGUCUUCAACGACGUUUCGGGUCAAGUGAGCAAAUGCCGUCAAGACAGUAAACUGAAUUUCCAAGUACCGCCGCGCUCGAGCCUCUCAAAGUCGCAACAGUCUGCCUUGUGCAAGUCCAAAGCCUGCCAAGAGAUGAUCGGCUCCAUGGACGAUCUGGAUAUUCCAAACUGUGAAGCUACGUUCGACAAGAAGAACAUGACGCUGCAAACGAGUCUGGACAAGUUUGUGUCAUCGUGUGAUACGUCCACGCCGGCUCCGUCUCCCAUCAAGCGACGUAAAUCGUUUGAGUCAUCGGCGUCGGGCUCGGAUUCGUUCUCCAAGAAGAACCGAUACACGAACACGGCAGCUGCAGUUCAGUUUGGAACACCGCAACAACUAGUCGUUCUCUUGGCUAUAGGCAUGCUGUCUCUAGCUCUUGUGCUCCCUUGA